AGAUUGUUUUGACCUAUUUUAACGCUACAUUUUAGCAUCCAGAAUGAAAGAGGAUCCAGUGACCUUUGAGGACGUGGCUGUGAACUUCAGUCUAGGAGAAUGGGCUCUGCUGGAUUCUUACCAAAAGAAGCUCUACAGAGAUGUGAUGAUGGAAACUUUUAUGAACCUGAUUUCCAUAGGGAAGACAGAAGAAGAAAGUAUGGAUGUGAACUACCCAAAGCUCCAGAGAAACGCGAGAAUUCAGGUGGUUGAGAAAUUCAGUGACUAUGAACAUAACAGUCAGUGUGGAAAGACUCACCAACAGAUGACAGAGCAUAUUGUUAAUGGGCAGAGUCAUCCUGCAAUCACAGUCUAUGAAAGCAGUGUGAGUGUAAAAGACAUCAAUGGUCACUCAUCCUCAGAUGUGCUCCUGAGAGGUCAAAAUGAAGAGAAACCAUACAAAUGUCAGGAACUCGUGGAAAAGGCUAUCAAACAUGAAAAAUGUUGGAAAAAUGUUACUUAUUCUGAAUCCUUCCAUACACUUGAGAGGGUUCCUGACACAGAGAACAUUUGUGAAAAUAAACAGACCAAUGAAUCUUACAGGAAUCUUAUGCCUCAUCAAGAUUAUAAGAGAGCCCACAUUGGAGAUGAGCUACAUGAGUGUAAACAAUUUGAGAAAACCUUAAAGGAAGAAAGUUAUAUUCAAAUAUAUGAAAGGAUCCAUAUUGGAGAAAAACCAUUUGAGUGUAAGCAGUGUGGAGAAGCCUUUGUUAGUUCCAGUCACCGGAACAAACAUCAGAGAAUUCACACAAGAGAAAAAACAUACUCAUGUAGACAUUGUGGUGAAACUUUCCUGUAUUCCAUGGCCCGUCAUAAUCACGAAAAAACUCACAAACGAGAACGGAGUUUCAUAUGUAAACAUUGUGGGAAAGCAUGCAUUCAUUCUUAUCAACUUCUUCAGCAUGAAAGACGUCAUACUCGAGAGAAACGUUAUAUAUGUGAUCAAUGUGGCAAAGCAUUUAGACGGUCCUCAAACCUUCACAAACAUGAAAGAAUUCACAGUGAAAAGAAACUUUAUGCAUGUAAACAUUGUGGGAAGGCUUUUAUCAGUGUGGGCAACUGUUACAGCCAUGAACGAAUCCACACUGCAGAGAAAACCUAUGUUUGCAAGCAGUGUGGGAAAGGGUUUACACUUUCCUCAUACCUUCGAAAACAUGAAAGAAUUCACACUGGAGAGAAGCCCUAUACAUGUAAAUAUUGUGGGAAAGCCUUCACCCAUUCUAGUGCUCAUUACAGGCAUGAAAAAAUUCACACUAGAGAGAAACCGUAUGUGUGUGUAGAGUGUGGGCAAGCAUUCACCUUUUCCAAAUCCCUUCAAAUACAUGAAAGAACUCAUACUACUAGAGAGAAAUUCUACAAAUGUAACCAGUGUGAGAAAGCCUUUACAUGCUUCUUACACCUUCAAAGGCAUGGAAAAUCUCAUAAUGGAAAGAAACCCAUUGGGUAGAACUUGUACCUGUGUAAGCUAUGUGUAACUAGUCAACUUGUUCUUGAGAAUAUUUAUUUAUCAUUUGUCUAUUUGCAUGAGGUUUGGGGCAAGAAUACACUCAUGUCUCAGUGGACAUGUGGGGAGCAGCAGACAGCUUUCUGGAUUCAGUUCUCAUAUUUUCAUUAUGUGAGUCCCGGUGAUGGAGCUCAGAUCCUCAAUUUCAGCCACACGACCCUUCUAAGCCAUCCCACCAGCAUUUGACUUGCUUUUUUUAUGAAUGAGAUUUCUUAAAUAGGUUUCAUAUUUUGUAGUUUUCUGUGUAUACUUUCUCCAAAAACCAAAUGGGUAGAUUAGGCUUGAAAGAUGGCUCAAUAACUGUUUACCUUCUGUGCUUGCAGAGGACCUGGGUUAAAUUCCCAGCAUCCAUGUGAUGACUCACAGCCAUCAGUAACUCCAGUUCCUGGUGAUCUGACACCCUCUUCUGGGCUUGGAACAUUGCAUACAUAUGCAUACAGGCAAAAUACAUCAGACAAUAAGCCUUUAAAAGAGUGGAGAUAUACUGGAAAUAAUAUAAAACUUAUAAGUGCAAUUUUCCCCAUAUGUACGAGUGUACAUAGAUGCACACUUGCUCUUGCAUCAGGCAUCAUAGUGUAUGCCUUUUAUUCCAACACUGUGGGGACACAGGCUAGAAAAUUACAAUACUGAAUAUAGUGUGAGAUUUAAGAAAAAAUGAUUUCCACCCAAAUUCAAUUGUCACUGUUAAAACAUGAGAGAUCCAGGAAUGCUGGCACACACCUUUAAUUCCAUCACUUGGAGGGAUGAAAGAGGCAGGUCUGUCUGAGCUCCAGGGGUACUUAGACCCUGUUCCAAAAAAGGGGGGGGGGUUAACAUAACUACUUCAAGGUCAUCUUGAGCUACAUGAAAAUCAGAAAAGGACUUUUGUGAAGAGGUAAAAAUUCUAAAUUUUCUUAUAUAAUUGAAUUUUGCAAAAGUGAAUGCAAAUACCAUUAGCAAAUUAACAUAUGUAAAUAAAAUAUUGAUGAAAUGACCUGAAAGAAUUAAUUAAAAGUUAUGCAUGUUUAUAAUAUUUGCCUAUUCUUACUCAAGACUUCUUGACUGUAUAAUACUUCUUUUUUCAUUGAAAGUAUAACUUAGUGAAUAAUUUAAGUAUGAUCGCACAUGACUCAUCCCUGCUGUAUAAAACUGAGAUGAGAGAAUAAACUUGAGCUCAUAUUUGAAGACCAUGAAGACGCUACCUUAAGGAGCAAAAGCAUGAGCUCUCUGAAUUGUGGUAAUGGAACUUAUGCCAAAUCAAUUGCGUUUCAGUCAGGAAAACUGGUAUUCUUUUAUGGGUGGUGUUAAGUCAUGAGGUGAUGCUUUACCCUUUACUGUAGAGCUAUAGUGAGUUCAUUGAAUUGAAAUGCAUUCAUAAUUUGGCACCUAUAUUUGUAGACCCUUUAUAAAAUUGCAGUUAUUUAUUGUGCACAUAUGUCUUUAGGCAUGUGGGUCCCAAGUGUACCUUUGGAUGUCAGGGAACAAUCUCCUUAGCACAUGAGUCCUGAAGAUAGCACUCGGGUCAUCAAGCUUAUGGGCAUGGAUGUUUUCACCAGCCCUUUAAGUAGGUUUUGAAUAUUUGUACUUAAUGUGAAAUUGAAAAUGUAUCAGUGUUCGUUUUUUGUUGUA